AAUGUCUAUAAUGAUAAAAAAAUUUCUAAUCAUAUCAAUUUUUUAUCUACAAUUGAUACACAGUUAUCAAGAUUUUAAUAAUAAUUAUUAUAAUAAUGAUUAUUACGAUCAUUAUAAUAGUCAACACCAACAACACCAACAGUCAGCACAAGUAGAUAGCGAUUAUCAUCAUUUGAAUAGCAGAUACAUUGAUAAUAGACGACAUCGAGAUCGACAGUAUUUAGAUACCGGUGCUGCUGCUGAUGAUAAUGACUAUAAUGAUGACUACCAAACAACAUACAGCCGCCACCGCCGCCAUCGCCGACCAUCAGCACCGUUAUCCCGAUCACCGAUGACUGGCGACCCUUAUAGAAGAAAAUCUAGUCUUAAACCGAAACCGUUGUCUAUUUUUGAUACAAUUUUCGGCGGCUAUGGUCCCGACUAUGGUAGUCCCCAAACACGAUCACUACCCCUACCACCACCACCAUCAGCACCAGUAGUUGAAAAUAGUAAUAGUUAUAAAAUUACCCCAGCACCAGUAAUUAGGUACGAUAGUAGUACCCAUAGUAGUAGUAGUAGUAGUAGUAGUAGGCCAACAGCGCCUACCGAUUCAAGUUAUGAUACUACUACCGAUAGUACUAGACCAGCAGCACCUACCGAUAGUAGUAGGCCAGCACAAGGACCUGUCGAUACAUUUUUUGAAAUGAUUUUUGGCGGCUAUCGACCCCAAACUAUUAGUGAAACUAGUCGACAACAACAACAAACUGGUAGACAAGGUGCCGGUGAUGAUAAAGAUGGUCAACCCCAUGGUUGGGGUGCUAUGGAAAGUCGUCCAAAAGUUUAUACCAGCGCUGAUAAUACUAACGAUAGUCCAAUUCGUAGUCCAUUUUAAAGGAUAAUUAAAAAAAAAUUAUCAGUUUUUAAUUAAACUACUGGUUGUUUAAUGUGUGUGUAUGUAURUGUGUAUGUGUGUGUAUGUG